UCGCCCUAUAAGCUUUGACUUUCACUUUCGAUUUCUGAUUGUUGAUGCUUUAUGCUUCCUUCUUGAAGAAUAUUUAACGGAAAAGAGUUCUCUCGAUGCCUUCAAAAUUACAUGGCGCAAAAUCACGGAGGUUUACCACACGAAACCAUCUUUGUGGAGUGUCGGGCGUUUGUAUUCUACCAUCAAGCAGGGCAGAAUCGUUGGUUGGAAGUGGGAGAACCGAAUGUGUAUUCUAGAGUCCAGUUACUCUGCAAUCGUCAAGGCGGAAGUACUGCAGGAUUGUACAAAAUUUUAGGAAGACUGGAGUCGUCAGGAAUGCCAACACUUAACUUGCCAUUAACUGACAGUGUGACAUAUGUGGUUGUGCAACCUACCUGGCAUCAGAUCCGUCUUCUUGGGGGUAUCAUCUAUGGCUUGCAUUUUAGCCCUGACUCUAAUGGAAGUCAAUUCUCCAUUAUAGUUCAGAAUGCUCUAAGAUCCCUACAAGGUGCCCAGAGCUUACCAGUGGAUCCAAGGGCAAACUGGACUGUGCCUUCUAACCCUCCACCUCCAGUACAAAACAAACCACCCGCAGCUCCCUUGGCAGCACAAAAAAUAUCAGAUCCUCCAUCCCAAGAUGCGCAACCCAAUGUAACUGCACUACAGGCUCGAGAAAGGAAUGAUGCAAGGAUAGAUGCUCUUUGUUUGAGUCUGAGUGAAGCAAUCAGGACUGGAUGUCAAGAUAAAGCGGUAGAGCUCACUAGAAAGUUUACAAUUGAAAAACUUCCGCUCAGUAUUAAACUCAAGAAUCCUGUUCUGGUGACCAUGAACUCAGGAGCGGAUACAAUCAGUUUAAGGGUGGUGGUUGAGGAUAAACAAUCCAGUGGAGGAGCAUUCACCAUGAAGGUCUCACCAUCGGCGACAAUAGAAAGACUGAAGCAAGAGGUUUUUGACAGAUUCGGUUUUCCUGUGCAAGUUCAGAAGUGGAUUAUCGGCAAAAAAAUACCCAAGCCCACGGACACGUUAUUUGAUCUGAAUGUGAAACAAUCAGGGCACACAGUGUUCUUGUAUCUUUUGUCCGGAAAAACGGUGGGAUUAAGAAGGACUGAUGCCGACCGGUUUGGACGAAGUCAUGCAGAACCGGCCAUUUCUUCAGUCAGCGGCGGUACUGGAACCAGGGUCCCUAGUGUUAGAGCUCCCGACUUACCGGGGCCGUUAAGUCGUACUAUGAGCGCGAGCACCCCGGAUUUGUUGAGCCAAAGAGCAGGUCAAGCGUCAUCCGUAGCUAGCAGAACGGAGCGGCUACCAACAGUACAAGAUAGUCCACCAUCAUCAGUUUCGAACCAGGAACAGUCUGAUCCUGAUACUUUACCGACCAACCUUCCUCCUGCGCCAACUAUUUACCAGUUGCGCGACCUAUUACAGCACAUGAAUGGUCCAGGGGAUCCCCGCAGUUCCCCCAACCCCGCAGCUCGGGAGUCGUUUGUGAACAAUUUGUUACUGACUGCACAGCCAGCAGAGGACGAAAGGCAACCUGAGGGAUGGGUGUGUGGUGUGUGCACUUAUAUAAACCAGCCAACAAGACCUGGGUGUGAGAUGUGCAGUGCAGAUAGACCGCAAGGAUAUGUGGUACCCGACGGGGCAAGGUUGGACGAGAGAGAGAGGCAAAGAAUAGCUGAAGAAGAGAGGUCGGAAGCUUUGUUCCAACAGGCUGAACGGACGCGACAAGAAGAAGAAGAGAUGGCAAGAGAGCGGAACUUUACUACACUCCUACAGACCGCUCAGCAAAGUCUUAUACCUAACCAGGAGGAGUUUGAUUGUGGCAUAUGCUUUGUGCCAGUGGACCCCGGAGAGGGAGUUGUGCUUAGGGAAUGUUUACACAGGUUUUGCAGGGAUUGUCUUAGUGAGCACAUUCGUCACGCGACAGACCCAGAAGUUCAGUGUCCUCACCAGGAUGAUAACUAUGCGUGUCACGCAACCAUUACGGGCCAAGAAAUCAAAGCACUUCUCUCGCCAGAAGAUUUCAACAAGUUCUUAAACCGUAGCCUCGCCACUGCGGAAAGUCAAGCCCCUAACAGCUUCCAUUGUAAAACUCCAAAUUGUCAGGGGUGGUGUGUGUACGAGGACAAUGUCAAUACUUUCCACUGUCCGGUGUGUAAUCAACCGAACUGUUUGACGUGCAAAGUGAUUCACGCCAACAUGAACUGCAAGGAAUAUCAAGAUGAUCUCAAGAGAAGGGCAAAUAAUGAUGAAGCGGCGAGGAAAACGCAACAGUUUCUUGAGGGUAUGGUUAAAGGUGGAGAGGCAAUGCAUUGUCCUACGUGUCAGAUUAUUUUAGUUAAGAAAGACGGCUGUGAUUGGAUGAGGUGCAGUAUGUGUAGAACGGAGAUAUGCUGGGCCACCAGAGGACCGAGAUGGGGACCUGGGGGCACUGGAGACAACUCAGGAGGCUGCAGAUGUCGUGUGGGCGGCAAGAAGUGCCAUCCUAAAUGCCGAAACUGUCACUAAUAGAUGCGCAUGCAUUUCCAUAUAAGGUGACUCGGAAUAUGAGCUGAUAACCUGUGUCGAGUGGACCAAUCAGAACAUCAGAAAUGCACUAUUCAGAGUUGAAAAAUUAGUAAUUUGAUUUAUCGCCAGAGGGAGCCCGAACUAUAUAUAUAUUUCGAUGUUAUUUAGAUGUAAGAAAUAAGAUGAUGAUGAUAAUCUUUAAUGAGGAAACUUUUUGAAUUCAAAAGAAAUUCUCUUCAUUACUUCAAACGUUGUAGAAAUUUCAAGAAAAUUUUAGCUGUUGCGUGUUUUAUGGAUGGAUCUCUACGACACAAGCAUAAAUGGAAGCGACAUACACAGGAGUGCCUUUUGUUGAGAUUUUGUGGAACAAAAAGCACUAAAGAUGAUCAACGUUACAACUUGUGCGUAUGCUGCUCGCAGUUGUGCUUUUGUGGCAUCAGUAAACCAGUUGUAACCGUUAUUUCAAUAAGCAGUUAGAAACGCUGAACCUCGUAACAGCGGUUCGUUGCAGACAGCAAAACCCUCGUAAUUUAUAUUUACCGUAUCGAGGGAAAUAGAUAUGAAAUUAAAAAAAGAAUUGUCAAA